AUGGCUACUCCCGUCGCAUCGUCUUCUCAUCCAGCGCAAUUGCCCGCCCUGGAGUCUGCUCAUGCGCACGACGCGCUCCAGGGCAAUAACGGCAAUGGAGCGAAGAAGCCUAAAGAGAAGAAGGACAAGGGUGCUUCAGCAUCAGUGGGCUCGCUUGAGCUGCAGCCUCCCCCGGAGUUUUUCGAUCACCGAAUCAAGAUGUUUGAUCAGCUGAAGGCCGAGUACGAUGCAUGGGUGAAGGCCCAACCUCGCGAGGAGAUCGAGAUUACACUCCCCGACGGCUCGAAGCGCAAAGGCACGAGCUGGGAAACGAGCCCGAUGUCGGUCGCGAAGGAGCUCUCGCAAAGCCUUGCAGAUCGUGUAGUCAUUGCAAAGGUCAAUGGCGCAGUGUGGGACUUGGAACGACCUCUGGAAGCUUCGUGCUCCCUUGAGCUAUUGGAUUUCAACCACCCGGAAGGCAAGCGAGUAUUCUGGCACUCAUCUGCGCAUGUCCUGGGGGAGGCAGCGGAGCGCCAUUACGGCUGCCAUUUGUGCAUUGGUCCGCCUACCGACGAAGGGUUCUUCUACGAGAUGGCGAUUGAUGACAGAGUGGUCACAAAUGCGGACUACCCAUCACUCGAGAAGCUCUCGGACGUCGCGAUCAGGGAGAAGCAAAAGUUCCAGCGGCUCGUCGUGCCGAAGGAGAAACUUCUCGAGAUGUUUGAGUACAACAAGUAUAAAAAGCAUCUGAUCGAGUCAAAAAUUCCGGACGGCACGUCUACCACUGUGUAUCGUUGCGGCCCGAUGGUUGACCUGUGUGUCGGCCCACACAUUACUCACACGGGCAAGAUCAAGGCGUUUAUGAUCACGAAGAACUCCGCAUCGUACUUCCUCGGGGACCCGAACAACGACUCGCUGCAGCGUAUCUACGGUAUCUCCUUCCCCGACAAGCAGCAGCUCAAGGAGUACAAGGAGUUCCUCGCUGAGGCUGCCAGGCGGGACCACAGGAAGAUCGGCAAGGAACAAGAGCUGUUCUUCUUCAAUGACCUGAGCCCUGGUAGCUGCUUUUGGCUCCCACAUGGUACUCGUAUCUACAACACGCUCGUCGAGCUCAUGCGGUCUGAGUACUUCAAGCGUGGUUACCAAGAAGUCAUCUCGCCAAACAUGUACAUCAGCAAGCUGUGGGAGACGUCCGGCCAUUGGCAGAACUAUAAGGACGACAUGUUCACGCUGAACGUCGAGAAGGAGCAGUGGGCGCUCAAGCCGAUGAACUGCCCGGGUCACUGUCUCAUCUUCGAUUCGCGCGACCGCAGCUAUAAGGAGCUGCCCAUCCGCAUGGCCGAAUUCGGUAUCAUCCACCGUAAUGAGGCAUCCGGCGCGCUCGCAGGCCUCACGCGUGUGCGCCGCUUCGUACAGGAUGAUACGCAUGUGUUCUGUAUGCCAUCGCAGAUCGAGGAAGAGAUCGGCAACCUGUUCGACUUCAUGCAGCACAUCUAUGGCAUAUUCGGCUUCGACUUCCACUUGGAGCUCUCUACCCGCCCCGAAAACUAUCUCGGCACCAUCGAGACAUGGAACGAGGCAGAAAAUCAACUGAAGAAGGCGCUCAAUAAACAGUACCCCGGCAAGUGGGAGAUCAAUCCGGGCGAUGGCGCGUUCUACGGGCCUAAGAUUGACAUCACCAUCAAGGACGCCCUACGUCGCUCCUUCCAAUGCGCGACGAUCCAGCUGGACUUCCAGCUGCCGGAGAGGUUCAACUUGAAAUAUCGCAGCGCGGAUGACAGCGCCAGCGCUGACAAGCCUCCGUCGCGCCCGGUCAUCAUACACCGCGCUAUUCUCGGUAGUCUGGAGCGUUUCAUUGCUAUCGUUACGGAGCACUUCGCUGGCAAAUGGCCAUUCUGGUUGUCUCCCCGUCAGGUUCUAGUUAUCCCCGUCGCGGCGCCCUACAAAGAUUAUGCUGCCGAAAUCGCGCAAAGGCUCUCCGACCUCGGCCUCUUCGCGGAUGUCGACAACGGCGAUAACACGUUACCCAAGAAGAUCCGUAACGGCGAAAUUUCCCAGUACAACUUCAUUCUCGUCGUCGGACAGGAAGAACUUGAUAGUCGCUCCGUUAACGUCCGCAACCGCGAUGAUGUCGGCACCAAGACGCGAUCCGAACAAUUGCUGCCAUUGGAGGAACUCGAGCGGAAGCUUGUCGCAUUGAAGACCACCAGGAUUCUGCACAACAAGCUCGCGUAA